AUGGAGGAGAAGUUGCAAGAUAGAUUGUAUGGUUACGUAUCCCUGAGGUCGGGAGCAGUGUCAGAGGAAGACAUGUUGAGGUACAGAGAGAGUGCCAGAGCUGAAUUGUGGGACGAAGCCCUAGAGGAAGUACAGUAUUCGCGAGGGGAUCGGCGCCACAGCAGAAGGCAGCGAAUCCUGGCUCGAAUGGCAGAGCGGAUGCCCCUCCUGAGGAAAAAGACCGAAGAAGAGUGGGUGAUUAGACUCGAGAUUUUAGUGUAUGCAGAACUGGCGCUCAACGACGCAUACCAGGCGAUACAGUGGUAUGCAGCUCAGUGUGUCCCCGAGUUGGCAGAGUAUGAGUUCCCAGAAGGCGGAGGUUACGCUGGCCCUGGCCUAUUUUGGGACAAUAUUGACGAUGAGGGCUUUGGGAAAGCUACUGACUCUCGUUUUUGGGACCUGUGUUACGACCGAGAAGAUAUGCUGGGGCUCCCUAGCGCUAUUGACCUUGAGGCAGACAUACAGUAUUUGGUCACCAAUGAAUGGAACCUGGAGUGGGAUUACCUGCGACUCAUCAAUGAGGCCCGGGAAGAGACAGCCGGUCCUCUUUCCCAACAGCAACCAGCGGUACCUGAGGUAGCGGACCUCCUAGACUGGUCCUGCAAGGGUCCCCAGCGGCAGUGUGUGUCCCAGGGAGCUGAAGGUGUCGUCCUUCCUCCCCAGCGGUAGUGUGUGUCCCAGGGAGCUGAAGGUGCCGUCCUUCCUCCCCAGCGGCAGUGUGAGCUACAGGGAGCCAAAGGUGUCGUCCUUCCUCCCCAGCGGCAGUGUGUACCCCAGGGAGCAGAAGGUGUUGUCCUUCCUCCCCCGCUGCAAUGUGAGUCCCAGGGAGCCAAAGGUGUCGUCCUUCCUCCCCAGCGGCAGUGUGUACCCCAGGGAGCAGAAGGUGUUGUUCUUCCUCCCCAGCGGCAGUGUGUACCCCAGGGAGCUGAAGGUGUUGUUCUUCCUCCCCAGCGGCAGUGUGUACCCCAGGGAGCUGAAGGUGCCGUCCUUCCUCCCCAGCGGCAGUGUGUAUCCCAGGGAGCUGAAGGUGUCUUCCUUCCUCCCCAGCGGCAGUGUGUGUCCCAGGGAGCUGAAGGUGUCGUCCUUCCUCCCCAGCGGCAGUGUGUACCCCAGGGAGCAGAAGGUGCUGUCCUUCCUCCCCAGCGGCAGUGUGUAUCCCAGGGAGCUGAAGGUGCCGUCCUUCCUCCCCAGCGGCAGUGUGUACCCCAGGGAGCUGAAGGUGCCGUCCUUCCUCCCCAGCGGCAGUGUGAGUCCCAGGGAGCCAAAGGUGUCGUGCUUCUUCCCCAGCGGCAGUGUGUAUCCCAGGGAGCUGAAGGUGUCAUCCUUCCUCCCCAGCGGCAGUAUGUAUCCCAGGGAGCUGAAGGUGCCGUACUUCCUCCCCAGCGGCAGUGUGUCCUGCAGGAAGCGGAGACAGUCGGUCUUGCUCCCCAGCAGCAGGACAAUAUAUUAAAAGGGGAGACAGUUGGUCCCCCUCUCCAACAGCAGAGAGUGUUCCAGGGAGAGGAACCAGUUAUCACCUCUCCCCAGCAACAGGACAAAUUAUUGAAAGGGGAGACAGUUGGUCUCCCCCUUCAACAGCAGAGAGAGUGUCAGGGAGAGGAGCUUGUUAUCCCCUCUCCCCAGCGGCUGAAAGUAUGUAUGGGAGAGGAGCUUGUUACCCCCUCUCCCCAGUGGAAGCUCAGCCCACCAAGGGGAGACAGUAAUCUCCACAACAGUGCAGAUGGGACAGUGGUCUCUGCACAUGCACCACCGGGGGUAGGGACAGUCGGUCCUGUCCCCCAGCAGCAGGACUGUUUAGGCAAAGGGGAGACAGUCUGUCUCCCCCUCCAGCAACCAGGCUCCAACCAGACUACUCCCGUGGUAGUGCUGGCACCAGGACAGAGUACCGCUGGUCUCUGCCCACUCAGCAACCCACCCAGUACGCUUACCAGUCACCCACGCAGCCAUGGUGAGGCACCUGGACACGGACAAAGUUCUCUCCUACCCAGGUGUAGUAGCCAGUUAUUGUGGGUGGGCUGUAUUACUGAUUGUGUUUUGUGGGUGGGCUGCUGGACUAACAAGGGCACUGACCGGCUGGAGGUCAGAUACCCUGUUAGUCUGAUUGGUAAAGGGGAGAAGUGUGGCGGAACCAACCUCACCACUAUGCACUGGAGAAGCCUGGUUGCCAGCCUCCUGCCAUGUGACUAUGGCCCCUGGGAUGUAUUGCCCUUUAAAGACAUGAUUUGGGCAUAAUGGAUUUGUGUUGUGCUGCUGCUGGCCCUUUUAAGAACCAUCUGGGGACAUACUGUGGAGUUACUGGGUGGCCACCAUUUCCUGUAUCAGAAGCACAUGGUGAGAAUAAUGGAUGGCGGCCAUUUUAACUCACAGACACUGUGUGGACUUUUCAACACGGUGCCAUGUCGUCAGUAUUUGUUGCACAGAGACAUCGUGUGGUGGUUUUGGACUAUACAGCAGGGGACACAUUAUACAGUGAUUAUUUUUUAUUUAGCCUGUAUAUGUUCUGCAGAAUCUGCAUUAAACUGUAUCUUCCAAAGUACUGAACGGAUCUGGGUGAAUUUUGGAUAUGUGGUUCACCCAGAUCCCCCAGUUCUGUAUUUCUCUGGCUGUGAUAAUUAGAUUACCCAUUGUGUUCAGUAAUCAUAUCACAGCCAGAGGGGAGGAUUUUGUGUGGGAGUGUCUGGGUGUAUUGUAUGGAUUGAUUGGCUGUUUAUGUAACACCCUGUGGGCUGUACUAUGUUUGUGGAUUGGGAAUAAAAGAGACUGUAUGUGACAGUACAGGGAGUUCCUGUUUUAACCCUCAAAGUGAAGUGUCGUCUCAUUAUUGGGGGAAGGAUUAAUUGUACGCUGUUCCAGUUUGACUGCUAGGAGAGUAAACCUAUUCGUAUGGUUCCUAUUCAACUGUCUACAGCAUUCAUAUGCUGGAGAGGAUUCAUAUGCUUCUCCGGUUCGGUGGUUGUGGUGUCUGCUGCAGUGCUUGGAGUCCUCAGGAAGCGCUAGGAGCAUCCUUUAACGGAGGUACCCAGUCGGGGUGCCAGGCGAUCCGUUACAAUCAUGAUGCCAGAGAAGGAAAGAGAAAUAGAGAGAAUGUAAUUAUGUUGUAUAUCUUAUCUAUAAGCCUGUUUCAUCAGGUCCUCAUCAACCUAUUGAUCCUAUGACAAUUUGUAAUUGCCUUAUUUAUUAUUAAAUGUUCCCCUUUUUAUAAUAUUGUAAAUUACUGCUGAAAAAGUUGGCGCUAUAUAAAUGCCAAAAAUAAAUAGUAAAUAUCAUCAGACAAUUUCAUACUGAGUUGCAUAAGCACACCUUCAUUGCUGAUUCAAGUUCCAGGAAUAGAGUUUACGCACCACAAGAUUUCAUAAAUAUAAGCUCAAAAUAGAUUAAUGACGCCAGUGGUGAGACAGAAUGGGUACAUGGCCCAUAAUGUCACACCUUAUCUAUCAUCCUGUUCACAUACUCUUACCCACCUAGUCACCUACACCUACCAACCCACCCAGUGUGUCCCACCAAUGAUAUAUUCCAGUACAUGAGUUGUUUGCAUGUGUCUUACUUAACCCUCAUUACUCUUUUACCUCACCAGAUCUCUAAACACAGCAUGGAUCACAAAAUAAUGAACUGGGCUGUGCAUAAAGUGAUAGUUAUUGUAAAGCAGUUACAUGCAUUCUAUAUGAUGAAUAGAAUUGCAUGUAGAGAAAAAAUGACUUAUCCCAUAAGCCUCUGCAGAACUUUAUGGGAUAAGUCAAGUUCCCUUAUUUAUAAUGAGAGGCUCCUGUUUGAGCUACAUACAAUUAUCUGACUUGGCAGAUUCAGGAUCUUAGAAGGUAAGUGUUUUUUUUUUUUUUUUAAUUUGUAUUAAAUUUAAAUUUUCUUGCAUUACUUUUAAUAUAUUUUCUGUAUACUGCAUUGGGGCAAAGAUACCUAUGCCAUGGGUUCCUGGAGGAGCAUGCUGGCUAGCUUCCUGCCCAAGGACUAUGGGCCAUGUAACUGACCCUUAAAAUACUUGUUUCAUGUGUUUUCCUUAUUUAGUUUGGGAACUGAACAAGCGCACGAAUUGCGGACCACCACAGGGCUUGUUAAACUCUAUUAACCUCUCCUGACACCUCAAUCAUCGGUUUACACCUUGGGUCCCAAGUGUUCGUCUGGGUGGCCAUCAUGGCGCAUGAACACUGGCAGCAGUGUUCGGUCGUCGAUUGCAUGGAACUAAAAUCGGACACACUAACUCGCGAACACCGCUGAACUUUGACGAACGUCUGCUUCUGUUCCAAGAAUCUCAGGAGAGUGCCGUUCAGUAGGAUUGUUCGCAUGUACUAUGCGAACAAUUUCUACCCAUUAACAAGAGGAACUGUUCAGUAGUUCUUUCAUUUGGGACUCCCAAAAUUGACCGACCGCUACCACUUUUUUUAAUGAAAAUAUUAUGGGCAGAUGCCUCUUGUGCGGUUGGUCAAAACUUUACAAUGGUGGCGAUUCAACUGUGUUCAUGGGAUCUGAGUGCUUUUUGGAUAUGUUGGGCGCUCAGAUCCAGUGAUAUAAUAUUUGUGGUGGUUCUUUGUAAUAUUGUGAGUGUUUUUGGGUGUUUAAUAUUUGGUGCAUUGUACCUUUGUGCCUGGGAUAUAACUAGUUUAAGCAAAGUGCACUCAUUUAUAUUCCAGACACAGAGACUCCGGGAAGGAGUCUGUAUUGAAUUGUAUGGAGACCCCCUGCUGAGGGUCUGUGUAUAAAUUGCCUGUACCAUGCCGCCACAUGCAUUAAGACAAACAAUACAAUGAACAUAACAAAAUAAGAAAAAAAUUCUAAUUAAAUUCAAAUUGAGAGAUUUAUUUAUUUAUUUUUUGUGUGAGGUUUUUCAUCUGCGUUUAGACCAGAUUACCUGGUCCCUUGUUCUCUGAGGACCCUGUGCCUUUUCUCUCUCCCUAACCUCGUUUACACCACCUUCCUGUCAGUUGGACACUAGGGGAACUGGAACUUAGAUGCUAGCUAGCACUCCAGACAAUUGAUCCACGUUUAGUAGAUCUCCCUUUUUUCAAGUUAUACUUUUUGUUUGCAUAUCCCUUUUUAUCCUUUGAUUGAUUAAAGGUAGGGCCUUCCUUUCUCAUUUCUUAUACAGUGGAGCUCUCCUGAUGUUGGUUUCCCCUUGUGGGACUCUAUACAUCACCUACUCCUAUUAAUUAGUAGAAUGUAACAUAUCACCACUCGAACAGCUAAUAAAGACAACUUCCUCUAUCUCUCUUUGCAUAAAUUAUUUUCCCUAUAUUCCAUCCACUGAGCUAUACAUUUUGUAAAUAAUGCAUAUAGUGGAAAAGUCACAUUAAGGACCAGUCUUAAAUAAAAAUGUUUGAAUAAUUUUAUACCGAUUUUUAUUCAGACAAAACAUUAGUAAAGAGUAAUUUGUUCAUGAGAAACCUAUAUAUCACAUGACAUCUGUAUCCUUAUAUCUCUCCACUUAGAUUCCCACUGGAGCAUUAUCUGCAGAUACAAGUAGUCAGAUAUGCUACAGAAGAAAUCAACAGUAACCCCAAUAUACUGCCCAAUAUCUCCCUGGGAUUCCAGAUUUAUGAUUCCUGUGUUGUGUUACAAAGGGAGUUAGAAGGUACUUUCUGGAUGCUCACAGGUCAAGAAAAAGCCUUAGCUAACUUUCAGUGCCAAGGCAUUAACCGCUUGGCAGCUUUUAUUGGCUACUCCACCUCAACAAACUCAAUGCUCAUGGCUCAUAUCUUAGGCCUCAGCAGGUAUCCACAAGUAAGUGAAAACUAUGUUAUUUUGUGAUAUGAUUUAUAGGAUGUGAACUCGCCUUUGCAUAGCAUGUUAAUACUCCAUAAUUGUUUAAGUGACAGAUUAUAAUAGAUGAGAUACAAAGUACAAGAAUAUUUUAGUUUUUUUUUUUACAUAUUUUCUAUACUUGGAAAUUUGUUAUCAUUUUGAGUCACAUAAUUUCAGAUUGCAUUUCUUCCAAAAUUCUUCACAACUGGAAAAUUUUGAUAUUCACAAGUCAAACAAUCUCUGCCACUUAACACCAACUUUAAAUUACAAAUUUACAGUUUGGUACUUGUUGACAUUUUACUCUUCAUUUAAGGACUUCCCCUUUUUGACUCAAAACAGAGUUUCAAAUUGAACCAAACAUUUGUUACUGAAAUUCUUUAGCACCGAAACAUUUCGAAAAUCAGAACCGUAUUAAUUUAGAAGAACCAAAAAUUAUUGCCAUGCACGAUUCAAAUUUUUUUUCUACCGUGGAUAUAUUUCAUCAUACACACUCUUUCACCAUGCCAGUCAUUAAUCUUAUCGUCACACCUACCAUUUUUUGAAGUUAAAGAAUUUUAAUCAUUGUAUUUUCUCUACUGCACCCCAAGCUUCCCCCAAUCAGUAAAGAUGGAUGUUAUUUAAUGCAUUGCAAUUUUCAUUAUUUUGCAGCUUUUUUUGCGAAUAGGGUUAUUUAAAAAAAAAGUUUUUUUCAACUUGAAGGUUUAUGAAGUUUUCCAACGUACCAAAGAGGAAAAAGGGGGAGUGGUAUGGGGAUCAUCGUUUAAUACACAAAAGUCAUGUUUAUUGCACAAAUUAGAGAACUACAUCAAAGUAUCUUACACAGCAAGGUGACAUUUCAGUAGUAUUACAGGAAGCCUUACAUCAGGAAAUUUUAACAGUGACAGAGACAUAGUUACAGCCACUAUUGUGAUUGCUUGCUCAGUUGGGAGUAGUUCGUACUCCUCUUUUCAAGUAGUUUUUUUUUUUCUUCAAAAUUUAAGGUUUAUUACGUUUCCCAAGGUGGGAGGGGGUACAGAAGAAAAAAGGAGCGGGGAAGGAAGGGGGGUGGAGGUCAUCGUUUAAUUUACAAAUGUCAUGUUUAUUGUACAAAUUAGAGAAAUACAUCAAAGUAUCUUACACAGCAAGGUUACAUUUCAGUAAUAUUGCAGAAAGUCUUACAUCAGGUGAUUUUAACAGUGACAGUUAAAGCCACUUUUCUGAUUGCUUGCUCAGUUGGGAGUAGUUCGUACUCUUCUUUUCAAGUACUCAAUCUCCAUGUAUCCCACAUCUGCCAUGAUAGCAGAUACGUUUUAGUAGGUGUGAAUAAGGGGUUAAUGUACCGCUCAAAGGAGCGUUUUCUGGCUGCCUCAUAGAGCACCUCCAUAAGAGUCGAUUUCUUUGACUUUGAUUUCUACGCUCUAGCAAUUCAUUUUUGUUUGGUUUGUUCUAUAUGUACUAUCAGUUUGGUUUUGAGUCUUGGUAUCUCAGUGGGUAUAUCUAGGAUAUGACAUGUGUGUGGUGAGUAGAGAAAUGUGCACCCUGUCAGUUGUGUAAUAAUGUUGUGUAUGGCUGUCCAAAAGGUUGAUACUACCUGGCACUGCUACCACACAUGUAGCACAGAUCCCACCUCUGUCUCGCACCUCCAGCAUGUUGGAGACGUGGUGGGGUUGAUUUUGUGUAGGCAGCUGGGCACCAUAUACCCCCUGCAAAGGGUUUUAUAGUGUUCCUCUAUGUGUGCAGCAUAUUUUGUUAGUUCCUUGGGUAGGUUAAUGAUAUGUUCCCACUGCUUCUGGGUGUAUUUGCACUUCAACUCUAUAUCCCAUUGUGCAGUUGGGUUAGCAAAGUGUGUGUGUUGUAAAAACAGUCUAUAGCACAUGGAGAUUGUUUUACCUUUUAACUGUUUAAACUGGUUAAUACACAUACCUUCCUAUUCUGUAGUCGUGGUCUUAGGAGGACAGCAAAGAGUCACAUUUCAGGAGGGUAUGUGGGUAAAAUAGCUGCUGGAGGUGGAAGCAGCUAUCCAGGGUCUUGCAUUAAAGGUAGGUAUCAGGUAUGGGAGGGUCACCAGCAGGUUUGCAAGGGAUAUGCCCCCCUCCCCACACACGCCACCCUUAUGUUUGCCCCAUAUAUUGAGAAACAAUGCAACCUCCCUCAGACCUGUUGAUAUUGGGGGGCAUAUGUGUUUUGGUAGUCAUAUUAUUGCAGAAAGUGAAUGAGGGGAAAUAAGGCGAUUCUCCAGUUUUACCCAUUGGGGAGGAAUCCCCGACAUUAGAUGCAGUAUAUUCGCUGCAGUGGCAUGGAAGUACGAUUGGAGAUCCGGAAGGGCUAGACCCCCACUGAGCUUAGGAGCUUUUAGUAAUUUUAGGUUCACCCUUGGUCUCUUUCCCGUCCACACAAAUCUGGUUAUGUCCCUUUGGAUCAACUUGAAAUAGGCCAGUAGAAGUGCAAUGGGGAUCGUGCGAAAUAGGUACAUUAGUUUGGGCAGAGCAACCAUUUUAAGUGCUAUAAUUCUUUCCGACCAGGAAAGAAAAAAUUUAUUCUAUUUCUGUAAUAGCGUUUAACAAGCCUUCCAGGUUUUGAUAUAGUUAGCAGCAUAGAGGUCUGCAGGGUUUUUUGUGACUGUAAUGCCUAGGUAUUUAAUUGUGUCUGUUUGCCAUUCGAACUGAAAGGUUCAGUCUAGAUGUGAAAUCUGCUUUCUGUCCUGCUCCAGUUCUGGAUUCCUCUAGUCUAGUUUUGUCUUAUCUUGUUUGGUGCCUGUUCUAGUCUUGCUUUGUUUCUAGUACUGGAUACAUAUUAUUAUUAUUAUUAUUAUUAUGAUAUUUAUAGAGCGCAGUCAAAUUCCGCAGCGCUUUACAAUGAGUGGACGAACAGACAUGUAGUUGUAACCAGACAAGUUGGACACACAGGAACAAAGGGGUUGAGGGCCCUGCUCAAUGAGCUUACAUGCUAGAGGGAGUGGGGUAAAAUGACACAAAAAGGUAAGGAUAGUAUUAGACUAGUGACAGUUGCAGAAGAGGAAUCAGUCAGUAGCUAUUACCAGUUUAAUUGAUACGCUUUUAUGAAGAAGUGGGUUUAUAACGAUUUUUUGAAGGAGUGGAGACUGAGUGAGCAUCUAACGGAGGAGGGAAGCGAGUUCUGAUCCUCACGGCUGCUGCUUUCGCCAAAAAGAAAGAGGCUCUGUCGGCUUUUGCGGUUUCAUUUUGUGUCUCUGGGACAUCUUAAUCUCUUCCCACAUGUCAGAUUUCCCAUUGAUAAAAUGCUUUUGUAAAAGCCCCUUUGUCCCCUCUCACCGCUCUAGCUCUAGCACAGAGCGCCCAUGCGGCUCACCAGUUCAGCCACGCCCCCGGGUUAUUUUAUUUUUAAAAGUCGGUUAUUAAAGAUUUUUAUUUGGCCUUUUGUGGGGCUAAACAUUUAGGAAAAAAGAAGACAUCUGAAGGUAAGUAUAUAUUUUUUUUACUGGUAAUAAAUCAAUUGGGCCCCGCACAACAUCACUUUUAAUAGGGUGAAGGGGGAAGGCAUCAUUUUUGGGGGUGUACAAUGGCAUGUCCACCCUCAGUUAUCAAAAUUAUAGUCCCCACUCUCUAUCCAUAGGUGGAAGAAAGAGGGGGAUAUUAGGAUCACUGAUGAUGGGUUGGGGCCAGUGGUGAGACUAAGUCCUAAAUCAUUGAUUUAAAUUUUAGCCCCUAUCUUCUGACGGAGUGUUUCCAUGAGGGGUACACUAACUAAAUUGAAUUAGAGCCACACUGUGGGGACAUGGGUGGAUAAAUUAAUAGUGGAUGGACAGCAAUAAAUGCAGAGUUGCUAGUCUUUUAUUUCAGCGAGCAGUCACUGGCUGGUCACUGUUUAGCAUGGUGACGUGGUAUAGAUAUAAAACCUCUCUUGUACUAGUAUAGAGUACCACAGGUCAUUUUUAACUAUUUCCUAGCACCACCAGCCACCGGACAAAUAGUGAACAUUGAAUACCGAAGCAACUGAUAUGACUCCACCAUUGGCCAUUUUAAUUGCUUUGGGAUUAGUAAUUAUGCUCAGAAUUAUUCCUUUCAACCCAAAUUUGGCUGGAUUGCAAUUCUGCCAACAUUAAAUAUCCAAGUCUACUGAUUACAUCUAGGGGCAGGUUAUGGAGAUCCAUCCAUAAGGAACACACAAGUUACACUUCAGCUGGGUCCACAGGUACUAUAUCAAGAUGCUAUUGAACAUUUCUAAAGAAGGAACAGCUGCUACUUUAAAAGCCACCAGCACCAUCUAAACCACAGGCUCUCCUAAUUGUAUGUAUUUUUUCAUAUGGCUUGGACUUAAUUUAUAAUACAUCUACAGGAUUCUUCUAUAUUUGUAUGUAACACACUCACUCAUGCAGCUAUGCAAUGAAUGCUGAUGAAUGAAAAAUUGUUAAUUCCCCUAACAGGUCAGCUACUUUGCAACCAGUUCCCUCCUUAGUGACAGGACACAGUUCCCAUCUUUCUUCCGCAUUGUCCCAAGUGAUGCUUUCCAAUCAAUGGGAUUGGCACAGAUGGUCUUACAUUUUGGGUGGAUGUGGAUAGGGCUAGUGGCUAUGGACAAUGAAUAUGGUCAACAAGGAAUACAGGUAAUCAGAAAAGAACUAAUUAAAUCUGGAGUAUGUGUGGAGUUUACAGAAUACAUCCAAAAGACUUGGCCUAAUAAUAUUCCACAUAUUGCCCAGGUCAUAAAACGGUCAACAUCCAAUGUUGUAGUUGUCUUUUCAACUGAUAUAAGCUUCAUUCCUCUUCUUGAUGAGAUAUUGAAACAGAAUGUAUCCCAGAAGAUAUGGGUGGCUAGCGAAGCCUGGGCAAAAUCAGCAUUCUUAUCUACAAGCACGUAUUCCAGCCUUCUUGCAGGAACCCUUGGAUUUGCCUUCUAUGGCGGCGAUAUCCCUGGAUUUCAUGAAUUUAUCAAACAUGUCAGUCUCACUGAACCACCAGGAGAGGCAUGGUAUACAAUGUUCUUGGAGGAACAAAUUGGUUGCCUAUUAACAGAUCUUCAGAACUUUGCAUUUCCCAGGAAGAAGCAAUCACGGAACUGCACAGCAACAGAUGAAAUUGAAAACUUCCAGGUCUUACUGAAUAAUGUGUCUAAUAAAGCGAUAUUAUAUAAUUUAUACAGUGCUGUGCAUGUAAUAGCUCAUGCUUUGCAUGACAUGAGCUCUUCCAAAAUUGGAAAAGGGUUUUUCAUUAAUGGAAACUGUCCUGAUAACUGGAGGUUUCAACCAUGGCAGGUAAGAGGUCAUAUUGCUCAUCAAAAUUGCAUCUAGUGGAAAUUAAAUUUUAAAGUGUAAAAAAAAUGUGUCAAGCAUGUUAUAGUUUAUGCAGGCAGAGGAACAUAUUUCUUGUUAGUCAUUGUCUUUCUCACACCUUUAUAAAUAUUGUAUUGUGUUAUUAUUAGAGUUGAGCGAACCUGAACUAUAAAGUUCGGGAUUGUACCAAACAUUACGAUUUUUUGACCCCGAACCCGAGCCCGGACAUUUCAGUAACAGUUCGGGUUCGAGUUCGGUGUUCGGCGAUUUAAUGGCGUGUUUUGAAAAGCUGCGGUACAGCCAAUCAACAAGUGUUUGACUCAUGUGGAAGCCAUCACAGACAUGCCUACUAAUGGCAUGGCUGUGAUUGGCCAGUGCAGCAUGUGACCCAGCCUCUAUAUAAGCUAGUAGGUGCAUUAAACAGUGAGCAGCCUGUGGCCUGUGGCUGCUCACUGUUAAAAAAAAAAAUAUUCAACCGGGGCCCCCCUCCUGAGCCCCCACUAAUGACGUGCAAGUGGGGGCCCUAAAUACCAAUUAGAGGGUGACCUAAUGUCCUCCCACCUGGCCCUCACCCCUGAGCGGUGGGUGGGUGCCCUAAAUAAAAAUUGGGGGGACCUAAUGUCCUCCCCUGUGACCCCCACCCCUGAGUGGUGGGUGGGAGCCCUAAAUACCAAUUAGGGGGGGAACCUAAUGUCCUCUCCUCAGCCCCCACCCUUGAGCAGUGGGUGGGGGCCCUAGAUAGCAAUUGGGGGAGACCUAAUGUCCUCACCCUGGCCCCCACCCCGAACCUAAAUACCAAUAAGGGGACGACGACCUAUCCUUUGAGCGGCGGGUUAUUCGAAUUUAGGGCCCCCACCCACCGCUCAUGUUUACAGCAAAAAGGGUUAAACCUAGAUGGACCUGGCACCCAGAUCACUUCAUUAAGCUGAAGUGGUCUGGGUGCCUAUAGUGGUCCUUUAAGGAAAAGCUAGGCAUGAGAGCCACAAGUGCCUUUGUAAAGACAGUAGUUGGACACAGAGUAGGCAGAAGUCUUGAUACUUGCUUGGGAGAGGAACAGAAGAAAUCUCUGUGACAGACCCAUCCGUAUGAACUAAGACUGCUGUGUUCAUCUGUUUGCUUGUUUCACGAACUCACCCAUUCGUAUGCCUGGAUUUAAGUGAAUUGACUUUUUUACCGAACAAAACUGUUGAACGGACAGCCACCCAGAAGAGAAGUGUGCUGCUGGUUAACCUAUUGAUCCCAAUUAGAAUGUUGCGGUUAACCACAGACACUUCUCAAUUAAAACCAAAUACAGGGUGGUCGUCGUUCGUAUGUCGACCACGAGGCGGCGGCCAUUUUAAACCAAUGCGAAAGACCAGCGGUGUUCGGUACUAAAUUCAUGGAACUGAAAACGGACACUUUUUCAACUGAACACCGCUGAUGCCGUCGACCUCCCUUCUCCAAUCGACAGAAGUGUGCGAACACCGGCCGUUCGGGAGAUGUAAAGGCACGAAUGGACUUACCCCAGAUAGCCUUCCCAUGGAGUCAAUCGCAUACUGAAGAACUGUAAUAGACUUUGACUCCAUGGCGAUUGAACUAUGCGUAUGGGAUCUGAGCGCUAUUCGCCAAUAAUAUGCACUCAGAUCCAGGCUAUCUGGGGAUGUGUUACACGAAUGAGAAACGUUCGGCAGUUAUAAAUGUAUAUAUUUUUAUGUGUUUUAUGUUUUGUAUAUAAAAUGGCGAUUUGCCUCUGCUCUGGGAGAUAAUUGAAUUACUUCUCAAUUAUCUCCCGGGCAGAGGGGAGGAAACUGUGAUGUAUGCUGGGAAUAUUGUGUGACUGUAUGUCCUGAAAUGCCAUAUGUUCAUCUGCUAUUCCAGUCUCCCAUUUGGUCCCCUAAGGGAGUAUCCACCAAGUAGGAGACCUGCAUAAAUACGGGCGGGUAGCGCACAGUAAACUCAGUUCAUGUUUUACCCUCAAUGCGGAGCUUGGUCUCGUUAUUGGGGGGAUUUUAUUACCGGCGACUAGAGACUGCUAUUUGGAACUAUCAGCCGCUUGGGAGAUACCGGCGUCCGUCUGAAAUUGUUGGUUCGUGAGCUUGCGGCUCGUGGAGUUUGGAGUGUUCCCUGGCUGGCAGUUCGCAUGGUUGUAUUGAAUACUCUUACAGCCAACAUUAUUGCGAAUGGGGAGCAUUCACUAAACGGCGGUUUGUACAUUUAUUACUGAAGGUACCGUAACAAUCUCUUUCCAGGCAAGUAUCAUCCUCUGUGCCUUUGACUUUUCAAUGCAAUUGCAUUCAAUGUACAAUUAGUCAAGAAUACAGUGUUAAAAUGACAGCCAAGACUAGUUUACACUAAAUGCAGGAAGACCAUCCUGAAUUAUAUAUAUAUAUAUAUAUAUAUAUAUUAAAAUACAGACCUAAGACUCUGUAUAAACAUCACAGAGGUAAGUGAUCAUAUAACAUAAAGUUAUAUCUGUAAUGUAGUAUGGGAAACCUGAUUAAAUUAUUAUUAAAUCAUUACCAACAGUUAUACAUAUGGAUCAGAGUUCAAAAAUAUUACUCUUUCCAUUUGUAAUAUAACACUACAUGUAGUACUUGAUUACCUUAAAGGACCACUAUAGUGCCAGGAAAACAUACUCGUUUUCCUGGCACUAUAGUGCCCUGAGAGUGCCCCCACCUUCAGGGUCCCCCUCCCGCCCGGCUCUGGAAAGGGGAAAGGGGGUUAAACUUACCUUUUUCCAGCGCUGGGCGGGGAGCUCUCCUCCUCCUCCUCCUCCUCCGUUCCUCCCCGUCGGCUGAAUGCGCACGCGCGGCAAGAGCUGCACGCACAUUCUGCCGGUCGCAUAGGAAAGCAUUUACAAUGCUUUCCUAUGGACGCUUGCGUGCUUUCACUGUGAUUUUCACAGUGAGAAUCACGCAAGCGCCUAUAGCGGCUGUCAAUGAGACAGCCACUAGAGGCUUUGGGGGAAGGAUUAACCCUUUUAUAAACAUAGCAGUUUCUCUGAAACUGCUAUGUUUAUAAAAAAAAGGGUUAACCCUAGUGGGACCUGCCACCCAGACCCCUUCAUUAAGCUGAAGUGGUCUGGGUGCCUAGAGUGGUCCUUUAAGGACAAGGAGUUUGUUAGGGUAUACAUUUAUUAAGUAAGCAUACAUUUACAAGUAUGACCAAAAUGACCCAGGAGGUUGCGACAAAGUCUCACAAUGGUAUUAUAGUGAGAGUUUGAUAAAUACCCUGACAUAAUCAUGCCUUAUAAACCAACUGUAAAUAGGAAAAUACUAGUGUUAAUUAAUUAAACAUCACAGUACUCACUCAGGAAAGUAUUUUGAAGAACUAAUUUAUGAACUAGUGAUAAUGUCCUCAGACAAGCUUUGGCAACUAUGUCUGAAACUCUUCAAAAUCCCCUGGUAGCACUGAAGAAGCUGACAUGGUGGGGAUUCUAAGUGGGAGUACAGCAGAUCCAUCACAAGGCUCAAUAUCAAUGAUUUGAAUGACUAGGGAGAGCAGAAAGGACUUCCCAUAGGUGGUCCUUUGUAAUAUUUUGAUAUAUUUUAUAUAUAUUGAUAUACUUGUUAUAAACAAAAACAUUUUAUCUGAAAUGUUAUAUGAAAACAUUGUUUUUGGGAAAAAAAAUAUUUUCAAAGCUUAUCCAAAAAUAUUACAUUAUUUAAUAAGGGUGUCCAACAAAAUUUAUUUGAGGCCAUAGUAAUUUGAGUCAAUAGUAAGUUGCUUUUGCAAUUGAGCGAAUAUUCAUGAUUAAGACAUUGAAGUGGUGUCUUUGCAGUUGCUGCGCUACAUGAAGAAGAUUAAUUUCACCCUAAGCAGUGGAAGAGAUAUGUUCUUUGAUUCCAAUGGGAACCCUCCUCCGGCAUAUGAUAUUGUAAAUUGGCAAAUGGGUCCAAAAAGCACAAUGAAACAGAUCAAGGUGGGAAGCUAUGCAACGUCAUCUCCUCUAGAUAAAAUCCUCUUCAUAAAUACAAGCAUGAUACAGUGGGCUACUGGUGAGAGAAAGGUGCCUAAUUGUGUAGCUAUAGCUUUUCUAUCUCCUUGUACUAGUGAUUCCCAAACCUGUCCUCAAGGCACCUCUACCAGUCACGGAUUUAGGGAUUAACCACAACUGGGUAAUCCCUAAAUUCUGGACUCAUAGAGGUGCCUUAUAUUAUUUGGAACAUCUAUAUUUUUUUUCCAAAUCUUAUUUUUUUUUAUGAUAAUUUUUGUUGAAUUUCUUAUUUUUAAUCUACAGUUAGCUUGCAUUUUUUUUGUAAAUAUUGAUGUGCAUCCUUCAGCCUUCCACACAUCUGUUUUUUGCUGUUGAUCCAAAAAGAACAAAAAAAAAAAACCAGUUUGAAGAUACUUUUCCUGAGCUAAUUCCAAGACUCCUAUUUAUUACUUAACUGUUAAUGCAUUCAUUUAUUAAAUACUUUGUUUAAUGUUUAAAUGAGUGCACAAAGUACUACUACAACAGCUAAAUAUAAAGGUUAUGAUGUAAAAAGUAAUUCACCUCUAUCCCAUUGGUUAGUGUCAAUCAAUCUCUUAUUAUUAUUAUUGUUAUUAUUAUUAUUACUGCCAUUUAUAUAGCUCCAACAGAUUAAGUAGCACUUACAAUACUAUGAGAGGGGGUGAUGUAACUAUAAAUAGGACAAUUACUAGAAAACUUACAGGAACGAUAGGUUGAAGAGGACCCUGUCCGAACGAGCUAACGGUCUAUUGGAGGUGGGGUAUAAGACACGUUAGGACAGGAAAUAUCAAUCAAAUAGGGUGGGAGUGAAGCAGAGCUGGAGGAGAGAGUAAAGCACUGCCCUAUAGGAGAGAGCAAGAGACAGGUAUGUAAUGUAGCGGUUACUCUGGGAGGCCAUAAGCUUUCCUGAAGAUAUGGGUUUUAAGGCCCUUCUUAAAUGACUGAAGACUAGGGGAGAGUCUGAUGGUGGUAGGCAGGCUAUUGCAUAGGAAAGGAGCUGCCCACAAGAGGACCUGCAAGCGCAAGUUGGCCGUACGGGCAUGAGCAGCAGUCAGGAGGUGGUCACGGGCAGAGCGGAGGGAACGAGGAGGGGCAUACCUAUAGAUCAGUGAAGAGAUAUAAGAGGGGCUAGAAUUGUUCAGUGUUUUAAAUGUAUGGGUUAGGAUACAGGGAGCCAAUGUAAGGACUGGCAGAGGGGUGAGGUGUGAGAGAACCGACUAGAGAGGAAAAUCAGUCUAGCUGCAGCAUUCAUUACAGACUGUAGCGGAGCAAUACGGCUUUUGGGGAAACCAGUCAGGAGAGGGCUACAGUAAUCCAUGCGGGAAAUUACUAGAGUGUGGACAAGCUCCUUGGUAGCAUCUUGUGUAAGAAAGGGGCAGAUGCGGGCAAUGUUAUUAAGUUGGAACCUACAGGAUUUGGCAACAAACUGGAUGUGAGGCUCAAAGGUGAGGCCAGAGUCAAGUAUGACACCAAGACAGCACGCUUGCAAGGAUGGACUUAUGUGGAUAUCAAUGACUUGAAGGGAGAGUGAGAGAGGAGGAUCAGAAUUAGGAGGAGGAAAGACAAGGAGUUCAGUUUUAGAGAGACUGAGUUUCAGAAAACGCAAGGACAUCUAGUCAGAGAUGGAAGAAAGGCAAGCAGUGGCACGUUGCAGGACGGCAGGGGAGAGGUUCGGGAAGGAGAGGUAUAUCUGAGUGUCAUUAGCGUACAGGUGGUAGUGGAAUCCAAAAGAGGCAAUAAGUUUUCCAAGAGAGGCAUUAUAAAGAGAAAAUAGAAGGGGACCAAGGACAGAGCCUUGGGGAACUCCAACCGAGACAGGACAAGGGGAGGAGGUAUCCUUGGAAAAGGGGACACUGAAUGAGCGUUGGGAGAGACAGGAGGAAAACCAUGAGAGGACAGAGUCACAGAGACCGAGAGAUUGAAGAGUUUGAAGAAGGAGAGCAUGAUCAACGGUGUCAAAGGCAGCAGAGAGGUCAAGGAGAAUUAAGAUGGAGUACUGACCUUUGGAUUUAGCUGCAAUUAGGUCAUUGAUAACUUUGAUAAGAAAGUUAGUCUGGCUUCUGCCCUCAGUAGAGUGGAGAGGGCAGAAGCCAGACUGAAGAGGGUCAAGGAGAGAGUUGGAAUUGAGGAAGCGAGACACAUGGCUAAAGACAAGUCUUUCCAAAAGCUUUGAUGAGAAAGGAAGCAGGGGUAUGGGACAAUAGUUAGAGGGGAGGACGGGUCAAGAGAUGUUUUUUUCAGGAUAGGUACUACAGUUGCAUGUUUAAGGUCAGCAGGAACAGUGCCAAAAGAGAGGGCAGUUAAAGAUGUGUGUUAGGGUAGGCACAAGACAAGGGGAGAGAGAUCUUAUGAAGUGAGAUGGGACAGGAUCAAGCGGGCAAGUGGUGUGGCGAGAGGAAUGGAGAAGCGCAUCCACCUCUUGUUCAGUAGCUGAGGAGAAAGUCUGAAGGGUAGGGAAGGCACAAUUUACUUGUGGUUGAGAAAGAGAAUGGCAAGGAGGGGAGAAUUAUUUCCUUAGCUGUUCAAUCUCGUCGGUAAAGUAGCAUGCAAAGCUAUCAGCUGUUAUCUCAGCAGUAGCAUCAGGGUUUGAGGUGAUGGGUUUGAAGUGCUGUGAGAGUUGAGUAUUUUGUCAAACUUCUCAAAAACAGUUUGACUCAAACACUUUAAAACUCUUUGCAUCAUAACUGUUACAGUAAAAUGCAGUGUCUGGAGGGACCUCUUGAGAUGUCAAUUCUCAGAUUAGAAUGCAGAUCCAUGUCUUUUUAUACAAAAUAAAGAGUUACAGAUUGCAACCAGCCAGAGAUAGAAAGAAAGGCACAUAGUACCAUAUCAUUAUAUCACUGUAAGAUAUCUGGAAUGUGUAUAUUCUUGUGGUACCUAGAGGAAAACUUAGUUCAUACCUGUAUAAAAAUAUUUCUUAAGAACAGUAGUGGUUGUUUUAUCCUCAGAUUCCGCCCUCAGUUUGCAGUAAGAGUUGUCAACCAGGGUUUAGAAAGGCAUCAAUCAGAGGAAAACCUAUCUGUUGCUUUGAAUGUAUCCCUUGUCCACCAGGAGAAAUUUCUAAUGAAAUUGGUAAGUAGAGCAUGAAACAGGAAAACACAAUUCAGAGAAGACUAACAUAAUUUCAUAAUACAUUGUUCUCUCUAACCCUAGAUUCACUGAAAUGCUUUACGUGUCCAUGGAAUGAAUGGCCAAGUAUUCAUAAAAAUAGCUGUUUUCCAAAGUACAUUGAAUUCCUCUCAUACGAAGAGCCUUUGGGUAUUACUCUCUCAUCCACCAGUGUUACAUCUUCCAUGAUUCCUAUAGCAAUUCUAGGGUUACUGGUAUAUCACCGGACAUCUCCUGCAGUGAAAGCUAACAAUUACACUCUCAGUUGUCUUCUUCUGGUAUCGCUGUCACUUUGCUUCCUCUGUUCUCUGGCUUUCAUUGGCUAUCCACACUUGGAGAAAUGCCGUCUACGACAGGUGACUUUUGGCAUGGUCUUUGCACUCUGCAUUUCAUGUAUUCUGGCAAAAACAGUUAUGGUAGUACUUGCUUUCAGGGCCACAAAUCCUAGCAGCAGCUUAAAGACGUGGGCCAAGCCAAAAGUGUCUUAUCUAGUUAUCGGACUUGGAGUAUUCAUGCAGUUUUUAAUCUGUAUCUGUUGGCUGGCUCUCUCUCCUCCUUUCCAAGAAUACAAUUCCAGCUACCACUCUGAAGUUCUUGUGGUUGAAUGCAAUGAAGGUUCACCCACAGCUUUUUGGGGAACUUUAGUAUAUCUUGGGUUUCUUGCCCUAAAUAGCUUUCUUGUUGCUUUCUUUGCUCGGAGACUUCCUGGCAACUUCAAUGAAGCCAAAUUCAUUACUUUCAGUAUGCUGGCUUUUCUCAUUGUCUGGGUAUCUUUUAUCCCAGCCUCACUAAGUGCCCGUGGAAAGUACACUGUAGCCAUGGAGAUUUUUGCCAUUCAGUCAUCCAGCUGGGCAAUUGUCUGCUUCAUGUUUGCUCCCAAAUGUUAUAUCAUCUUAUUACAUCCUAAUAGGAACAUAAAAAAGCAUCUAAUGAGUGAGACUAAUAAAGUAAGAAAGAGUCAUUAUAAGUAAAAUGGAAGAAAAACAAAUCUAAAUGUAUUUUUACUUCUACAAAAACUGUUAUCAUUUUUUUUUAUAUAAACCAGAUUAUCAUCCAGAUGUUCAUAUUGUUAAAUAGUCAGCAUUCCUUGAUAGUGUGAGCAAUGGAUAUUAAAAUAAUAAUAUUGGCUAAUAUAGUUAAAUAACAUAUGUAUGUUCUUUAUCAAUGGUUGAUUUCAUUCUGGGUGUACGAGGAAAGUUUGUUACAUUUUGUAGGUUUUUAACUAAUUGGACGCAAGUCUUUUUUCAGCCUAUAUAAUUAUAUGACUAUAUAACUAUGUACUAUUUUCUGAAAAUAAUGUAAACUACACCUGAAUACAUUCAACUCGGAGCUAAAUUGCAGGCUAUUUACAUUAGUUAAAAAUAAUGGAUUAUUUUUAAACAAGUGGUUGUGCAGAAAAUAUGUUAAAAAUAACCAGACUCAUUUGGACUACUUAAUUCCUCCAAAUAAAGUCCUCCUCUAGAUGCUCGGGAAUUCAAACUCUAAAACCAAUUUUGCAGCCAAUUAUUCGCCACUGUUUUUUAUUCUUAGGAGGAACCUGGAGUCCGGGGGAGUGUUGUGUAUUUUACACAAUUAUCUUAUAAAUAUAUCAUGACAUAAUUUACAAGUUUCACAUCAAUAUAUUAUGUGAGAUUUUAUGGGUUUAAUGAUUUAGAAUGUAAAACCAAUUAAUUCACAUGAACCUUAAUGGAUUUGAAAAUAGCCACAAUAUAUGUAAUAAUUUUCUGAAUUUCUUGACCUUAUGUAUAUAAUAUUAUGCAUACAAUUUUAUAUGAAAAUAAAAGACUAUGUAUGGCAUAUAAUCAAAUUGCAAUUUUAUUUUAUCAUUACGCUAAUGAAAAUCUAGUGUUGCUAAUUUUGACAAGCAAUAUAUUAAUAUAAUUAUAUAGUUAGAAGCAAUGGUAAACAAGAGGUUUCUCCCUUAUAUAUGAUGCCCAAACAUUAUAGUGCAUAAAUCAAGAAAAUAAAACAUUAAUAUUACAAACCCAAGGAACCAAGACUUUCCUGCAAGACAAUACAGAUCAUGGGAUUAUAAUGCCAUUAUUUGAUCUAUAGUUAAUACUUAGGUCAGAUCACCAUACCCUUAUAUUGAAAACACAAUAAACAUCUGAUUAAGCCAGAUUUUAGUAAGUAUUUAUAACCAUUAUGGAUACUUACCAAUGCUAAUAGUCUUGGAAUUCAAAGUUAGGCUAUUUACACCCUUUCCCGCACAUCCAAUUUGCAGGACUAAGAUAAUCAGUGCUGUCAAAGGGUGGUGAGAUACCUUCCACCACCAAGUUCCAUUUAAAUGUCUGCAGUAAAAUUAAAAGGUUUCUCUCAUUCUACUUUCACACACAAUGUUGAGUAUAGCCCCUUGAACAAUGACCUGAUCAGUGGUAUGGGAAUUGUGAAUAAUUUAUCUCAGUAAUCAGUCUUAUUCAACAACUAUAGUUUGCUGAAGAUGUUCAAGUUGGCCAAAUGAUUCCUCUGAACAAAGUAUCUGGUUGUUCUUUGAAACAAUUCAGGUAUUACAGCAACUCUCAUCCAUAAUAACACACAAUCAACUGAGGUUUUAAGGGUAUUUGCUUCAAAAUGAUUGACACCAUUUUCUCUUUUGUCCUUUGAGUACUUGUAUUAAAAUGGAAAAUCCUGGGUGACAUUAGAAUUGUUCUGACAGGAGGAAGAAUAUUUGGAUUGGUAGAAUACACUGAAUAAAUAAAGAAUGUUCUCCCGACGUUGCUGUUUCUUUAUCAGGCUCUUCUGAUCCUUCUCACUAAAAGAGGUCACGCAAAGGACUAUUCAUGAUUUAUUUAGAAUAAGAAAACACUUGCCAAUAAAAUGUUAUAUAGAUGUUUGUUGAUUGUGUUAUAUAGAUGUUUGUUGAUUGUUAUAUCUUAAUUACAUGCACUAUUAUUUCUUUGCUAUAUAACUGCUGGAAAAUUACGAAAAUUUGUAUUGAUCAAAAAAGCAUCAUUUAUUGGACUCAUGUUGCCAUGCUUCUCUGAAAACUUUGAGUGGCCUGUUUCUGCAUUCUCUUGGAAUCCAUAUUUUUUCAGGACAUAAGUACAAUUCAGUGGUCAGAGCUUUGCUCCAUAAUGUGAAAUAUUUGGUAUGACUAGAAGCUAUGCUAAUUUUUAACUUUUCUACUAAACAAUGAGAAAACACUUCUCAUUAACUAGGACAAAUAGAAACAUGACAAAGAGGAAUACUCUAUUCACUACAAAACCAACAAGGAACCUAAUAAUGAAUCAUAAUGUCUAUCCUUCAGCAAAGAAUCUUAAAGGACCACUCUAGGCACCCAGACCACUUCAGCUUAAUGAAGUGGUCUGAGUGCCAGGUCCCUCUAGGAUUAACCAUUUUUUUAUAAACAUAGCAGUUUCAGAGAAACUGCUAUGUUUAUAAUAGGGUUAAUCCAGCCUCUAUAUCCUCUAGUGGCUGGGUGAUUGACAGCCGCUAGAGGCGCUUGCGUGCUUCUCACUGUGAAAAUCACAGUGAGAAGAAGCAAGCAUCCAUAGGAAAGCAUUAUAAAUGCUUUCCUAUGAGACUGGCUAAAUGCGCGCGCAGCUCCUGCUGCGCAUGCGCAUUCAGCCGAAGAGGAGGAUCGGAGGCGGAGAGGAGGAGGAGAGCUCCCCGCCCGGCGUUGGAAAAAAGGUAAGUUUAACCCCUUUCCUCGCCAUCCAGCCCAGCGGGAGGGGGUCCCUGAGGGUGGGGGCAUCCUCAGGGCACUAUAGUGCCAGGAAAACGAGGAUGUUUUCCUGGCACUAUAGUGGUCCUCUAAGGUAAAGUGGAAUAAAGGUAAAGAGUAGACCUUGGCUCCACAUUACUCAUGUGAGGUCAAUAUGGUCCAAUACCACUUUUGAUGAAUACCAAGGUGUAAAUGUCUGUGGUUGACUAACUCAACUUUCAUUUUGCAUGAUUCGAUCUAAUAUGGGAAUGUAGUAUUUCAUGGUUUGGAUUUUUCACAUGUUUGUUAAGUAGUGUAUGCAGCCCAUCUAUUCUAAAUUGCUAGGUAAGCUUGGACUGAGACAACAUUAGUGUUGGUAAUGAGUGUCCCCAGACCUGGAAAAUUAAUUUCUGGAAGCUAUUGCUAGUAAACUGGCUACUGGUGUAGAAGGAAAUGUGCGAUAUGGCAAAUUCAGGGGUGACAGGUUGCCAUGGUAAUUUAUGGCUGUGGUAAUAAGCUUGAAAAUCAUACCAAAAUUAUUUAGUUUGAGAGAACUCCUUAAAGAUAAAGCAACAUAUAUACUUGUGAGUUCACUUAAAACAUGUGGCAAUGACUUAUCUUCCUAUGGUGAAACCAUCUACUAGAGCAAAAAGGCUCAAAGGCUAAGAUGGGCCAAAUAAACAAGGUUUACGUUCUGUGGGUCGCAAUAAAAAACAAAAACGGCAGUUUACUUAGAAACUUAGGUUUAUUUAGAAAAGUACAGAAUAAAAAAAGUUGCCUAACUGAUAAUGGACGUCCUCUCGCUUGUAGGGCUUCAAAGUAAACAAAAGAGCGAGUUUAUUUUAAGGAGACGUGCAUUUGCAUAUAGCCAAUGUUUCAGUUCAACUACCUUGACAUAUCAAGAAAAGUUUGGUAAUGGGACUGAAAUGGUGAAUGUAUGCUGUUGCACAGCUGUAAAAACCAAAUUACGUUAUCUUGUUUAUUUUGAAGUGUUCUGAGAUCAUCAAACUUACAAUACAGUGCCCCUUAAUCUAAUACACUGCCCCUCCUCCCUCCACUCUAAUUGAAUACACUGCUCACCCUACCCCUAAUUUAACACACUGCCCCCACCACUCUAAUACAUUGACUCCCUCCCUCAAAUAAAUAAAUACACUGCCCCUCCUCCCUUCAAAUACACUUGCCUCCUCCUUCCCCAAAUUAAUACAGUGCCCACUCCCUCCCAUUAAUACACUACCCCCUCCCUCCCAUUAAUAUACUGCCCCCCUCCCUCCCAUUAAUACACUGCCCGCUCCCUCCCAUUAAUACACUGCCCACUCCCUCCGAUUACAGAUUGCCCUCCCUCCCAUUAAUACAGUGCCCCUCCAUCCCAUUAAUACACUACCCCCUCCCUCCCAUUAAUACACUGCCCGCUCCCUCCGAUUACAGAUUGCCCCCCUCCCUCCCAUUAACACACUCCCUCCCCCAAGUCAAUACAUUGUCCCUUCCCUCUCUUAAAUUAAUGCACUGUCGUCCCUCCCCCCACCACUCUAAUACACUCCCCUUCCUCAAAUAAAUACACUGACCCCUCCUUCCUUCAAAUAAACUACCCCCUUUCUGUCCGUCCUCUAGCUCCAGCCCUGCUCAAGCAGGCCAGAUGCUCCUCUGGCUCCUCCACCCUGCUCAGCAGACACACUGCCAUCUUGUGUCCGGAACCACACGAAUCAGGAAAUAUUUUUUCUGUCUCGCGGCUGGUCGCAGCCACAGCUGAAAGUGGUCUCUAGGCAGUCGAGCUGCAAAAAUUAGAAUUGCGGGCCACAUGUUUGGCAUGCUUGUCCUAGAGGAUUAGUAGGAAUAAAUGGACAAUAGUGUUUCUUUGAUCCUCAAUUUUGAUCCCCACUUUUAGGAUAUCCCUAAUAAAAUAGGCAGAUAGACAGCUCUAUGUAUCAGGCAUGGGUGGUAUAAUCCCCAUCUAGAAUUCUUUUGACAAUGGUCCAAAGGUGUUACAGGUGAUGAGGUCAGAUGUCAGAUAAUGAAGUAGCCAAACAAUACUUUUAUUAAUGUAUAAUACAAUAAAAGCCGGCGGAGAGGCUGGACCAAGGGGCGUAACUAAAAAUCAAAGGACUCCAAUGAAAAAAAUCAAGAAAGGGCCCAUCUUACACUUUUACCGGUACACAUACACUGGCAUACACUCAGGGACAGUAAUGCAGUCAUUGGCACACACAUUUUCAAUUACAGACACUCAAUACACAAACACUGUCAGUGAAUGUGUCACUCAUAGACACACACUGACAUUCACAUGCUCUCACUGAUUUGACAUACUGACAGACAGACACACUCACUAACAGACACACACACAGUCACUGAUAGACACGCACUCGCUUACACACAAACACAUUUUCUCACACACGCUCACAAAUUAAUUUUAUUUAUAGUUUUUUUUUUUUUUUUAUUUAAGCCCACCCAAGUUCCCAUCCUAUUCUGCUUAGGGAUGCUGGGACCAGAGUGACACAACAUUCCAGCUCCCAGCAUCACCUCAGAGGGCAUACAAGGGAGCAAUGAAGAAGUUCAAAAGCAUUGGCACCCCUCUCUGUUCAUACUCAGCCCUCCCAUGUAUUUCGGAAUAGUAGGCACCUGACAUUCAGAUAAGCAGGUGCAUUACUGUACAGUCAUGCCCUUCCUGGGGGCCCCUCAUGGGCCCCUCUCACAGGUGAAACACAGGGGCCUGAUCACACUCGCCACAUUAGCAACCCCUGUAGUUCCACCACUGAAUGUGCCCUAGGUGGCUACCUAGUUUGUCUAAUGGUAGCACUUGCCUUAGGUAGGCCAAUAAAGCCAAUAUUAAUAAAUAGUAAAAUAAGGUUAUUGAUAAGGAGAUAGAAUUGUUUAAAAGAGUGAGGAACUCUUCUUCUAUAUGACGGUUUGUUACAUCUUUUGAGAAAAUUAAGACCUUCGCAGUAGGAGCUGAGGAGCAGACAGAUUGUUGAUCUGUGUGUAGUGGAGCACAGUGUGGUCAUUUCUUUAACAGUCCUAUAUGUUAACAUCAUCCUUGUAACGGCACCCCCCAGGCAUAAAAGGGUUAAACCGCCGUUUAGAAGAUCUUCCCCUUCCAGAGACACAGGCAGCUACUGUAGACACCAAUCCACUGAACCGGAGAAGCAUUUGAAUGCUCUCAAACAUACAAAUACUGUAAACAGCCAGAGCUGUGGUUUUAUUGUUCUUAUAUACACAUUCUUACACAUUAGUACCACCUCCAGGGUUUUGGAAAACAAUCAAUAAACAUGUACAAUACACUCAGACACUCCCACACAAAAUCCUCCCCCCUGCCUGUGAUACAAUUACCUUACACAAUGGAUAAUGUAAUUAUCACAGGCAAAGAAAUACAGUUUUUCCACAUUAUUCAUAAUUUUAAAAGUCUGCAUCACAUUCACAUAAAACUUACAUUUUCAGAAUCAGCAUACUCCAAAUACAAACAUAUGUCAAAAUCAUACAAAUUGGUGCAGUGGUUCAAAAAAAAGAUCGUAGUCCUUUGUGACCAAAUGAAGCAUGGGUUUUCUGCCCAAAACCAGUUCCACAGAGUCUUCUACCUUGGAGAUAAUUGGGAAGUAAUCCAAUUAUCUCCAAGGACAGAGGCAAAACUCCAUUGAACACAUGGCAGCAAAAGACAAUAAAAUACAUACAAAUAUAUAACUGUGCAGCCAUUGCAUAAAACAGGUACAUUCAACAUAUCCCCAGAUAGCUCAGAUCUGAGUGCACAUUAUUACUGAAUUGCAUUCAGAUCACACACAUGCAGUUCAAUUGCCAUGGAGCCAAAGUCUUUCCCAUAGUCUUUCAUUAUACGAAUGGGCUCCAUGGCACUGAAUGACCCGGCUUUCGUGUCUUUGCAGGGGAAAAUCAAGCGUUUCAACAUGGGGCCAUAGUGUAAAGGCAGCAGGCGGGCAACCAGGCUCCUCCAAUGCAAUUGAGAUUGGUCUCGUCACAAUCCUCUACUAUUAGUCUAUCAAUCAAUCAAUAUGUAAUUGUGAUAGAAAAGUUAAGAGUUAUUUGGAAGAUUUUUAGCAUUGACAGAACAAUCCUUUAAAACAUGUAUCAGAGCACUCGCUUUAUAUUGCCCUACUGUGUCAACUGUGAAAUCCUAUAUUUUCUAUAUGUAAUAAAUAUUUAAAAGAUAAAUAUAUAAUUGAAUAUUUUUUUUACCACACUCACUUUUUUCCCUCUAUUGGUUACUUCUUCUCACUUGAUCUGUAAGUCGAAUGACAUGAAAAUACAUCUAUCUGUGUACUGCAAAAUAUCUUUAGAUUAUCUAUAUAUUUUGCAGUACAUUGAUAAGUUCAUUUCUGUGCCAUUUUGAUGUGUCAGAAUAGUUUGUCAUGAAUUGAUCACACAAAUGAAAUUCAUUGGAACCAAAACACCACUUGGGCGAAACCCUAAUCACCUGAAAUAUUGAUUCGACCUUCUAAACUAUUUUGGUUUGCACCAGUCGGGUUAUUGUAAUCCAACUUACAUCCAUUGGGAUUUUUAAGUGGUAGAUGAAUCAACAGACCCCUCUAUACGGACCUCUUAAAUUCUUAUUGAAAAUUUUAUGUAGACUUUAAUACACACUUUGAUUUUGUUUUUUUACCCCUCUUAAUUCCUUGUCAUGUGUCCUUAAGGGGUUAAAUCAGUUGGCUUUGUAAUUUUAUUUGAGCAGCGGAGUGUUCAUUUAAAUUGACUGGACCACUGCACCCAAGCCACGUCAUUGAGAUAAAAUGACCUGGGUGGCUUUAAUGGUCAUUUAACAGUAUAUAAAUUAACUUUUGCUUCUGUGUGACCCCAACCAAUCUUAGACAUGCAGAGACAUGUAGGUACUGUGUAUGUAUGCAUCACCAGAAAAGGAUAAAAAAGCCCAAAGGAUCUGAGAUAGGUUACCAGUUUGGGGUCCACUCUUCUUUCUUUGCAUAGGGAUGCUCAAUAGGGCAAGCAAGUUCAUGGUUUCAAGGCCCCUCUUUAACACAUGGACCCUAGGCGGCUGCCCAACAUCAACUUAUAUCUUGUUCUGGUCUUGGCUAAUAUAACAAAUAUUCUCCUCUAUUCAGAUCAUCUUAUAUUUACUCCUGUGAAAUUAGAUUUUUUUAUUAAUAUAUGAAAUUGAUGCAUUUUUUUUUUCAUUUCAUGAAAUGUGAUGCUUUCAAUCAGUGCAGAGAGCAUGACUAAUUAACAUCAGAAUGUUAAGUAUCUGUCCCAUAUCUGGGAAUAAGAAAUCCCCAGAUUAUUUAAAUUAACUCAGGGCGUCCGUCUCAAAUCUAGACUUGUGAGAGUUAAUAUUCUCAAAUGUACAAUCCCUUCCCAUGCUGAGAAAUAAUUACCACUUACCGACAAAACAUAUUGGACAUUUUUGAGGAUAUAAAAUGAGGAUUCACUCUUUGUAUGAAUGAGAUCCAGACAGAAUGAGGUGAGUGCAACUUUAGAUCAAAUGCAGAACUGUGGUACAAUUUUCCUAAAUAUUACAGAGAGAGAGAGCGAGGGAAAGAGAGAUAGAUUAUAUCAGCGUAGAACUGAAAAUUUUUUUUUUUUUACACAAAUCUUUUAUAUUUGUUGGUUAGAAAAAUUGCCAGUUAUGACUGCAUUGUGAUUAGAAAACCUAUUCCUCAUACAGUUUCUCUGAUUGAUAGUGAUUUCAAGAUGUCUGUGAGUUAGAGAUGUUGAUGGGUAUACAAUGUAAUUUAUGAGAUAAAUUUAGAAUUAUGGAGAAUGAAUAAAGGAACUCAUAUUCCUAGACAUAUAGACAUAUUUAAAAACUAACAGAGUAGGAGAAUAUAUUUUUUUCUGUUUGACUGUUUUGUCCUUCACAGACGGUUUUUACUGAUUUUUAAUUUGUGCAUACUGUUAGGAAAAUCUGAUAUAUAGGCACAUCUCCAGCAGAUACACAUUGCUGGAGGGUAUCAGUUACUACUCACACACGAUUUAGACAGUUCUACCAAUGCACCUCUAUACCAGGAAUUUAUUUUUCUGACCCUGCAUUUGACCAAUGAAUUUGAAUAAAGUGAUUAAAUGCAUUUUUCAAUGUGCCUGGUCCUCCUUUCUAUUUAUUACUAAUUGUAAUAAACUGUGACUCCACUGGUCUGGAUACUGGAGGGGGUUCAGGUGGUACAAUACUAUCCUAUGAUAUUUCAAUUUGAGACUAAUAACAAUGUUUUGAAGCAGCUAAGAUGUGUGCGUCUCUGUGAGAAUCAGGUACGUCAUGCUGAUUGGUUAGAACCAGCUUCCGAAGUUGGAAGUUGGUUGACGUUUUUUACAGGUUUUCUAGUUACCUUCCUGGAAACCAACAAGUCCAAGUUAAAAAAGUUAAUAAAAAGGCGUGCAGCAUUAAUAUCUGCAUAAUUGUUUAAUGUACCCUUUUCUAAUAUAGAAACUGCUAAGCAGACGAAAAACCCACUACAUACAAAAUAGUUCCCAGUUACUGUACGCAUUAAGAGUGCUUAAUUUCAGCCCCGAGUGUUUUGACCUUGGACUUUUCUUGGAGGCUGCCAUAUUGCUCUCAUAAGGAGUAGGCAAACUGGAACCUUAACCUACUUCCAAAUCUUUUCUUCAUUCGUAAUUCUGGCCUCCUCAGACAUAACUUUGUAACUUUGUAGUUUGUUAUAUACUGAACUAAAAAUGACAAUAAAGAGUUUCACAUUAAGGUCUGUGCAGGCAAAACAUGAUGUCGGGAUCUUGAAAAUAAAAGCACAGAGCAUCAAACUCAAGCUAUUAACUAUAAGAAGGGCUGGACAAUGUGUAGCCAGAAAGUGGGCAAGGAAGUGGUAUAUUUUGAUGUCCGAUAUUCCCAAGAUCUAGGAGAGGUUAUACGUGCUUAAAAAUAUCAGAGUGUAACAUGCCUUUUAUUUUUUUUUUCAUAUUCCAUAGGCCACAAUAUUAACUGAGCUUUAAGGGAAACUGUCACAACACAGGAUUUUUUUAAUAAUAUGUUUACUUAUCUCUAUUUAUUUAACAAUAUGUAUUUUCGAGAAAUGAAAUUCACACCUUUUUGUCCUGUAACCAGGCGUCUCCAUCUUAUCUCCCUGUCAAUCAUUCUUAUAAGUUUAGUCUUUUCCACCUUAUGGACAUCAUAAAGAAAGCAUAGAGAGGAUACAUUAAUACGCCUUACCUUGCGUGAAUUGAAUUGUAAUAGAAUUAGCAAAAUCUUUCAUAUGAAUUUAAAAGAAAAACAAGUUUUUCAUUAAGACAAAAUAAAUGAACACACGGUAUCGUUGACUUGCAAUAAUUUGUUAUAUAAUGUAAUUUCCAUGUUAUAGAUAGGUUCCCUUUAUGAAGUUUAAAGUAUGUAACACAGAUUGAAUAUACUUUUUUUUGGUUUUCUCUCCUUCUCUCCAAGGCUUUAUUAAAACCUAAAACAUUUUGAGACUAUCUUCUGAUUCCAUUGCCUGUUCUAGAAGGCAUUUAAAUGAUCUUAACUGAAGUCUUGAAGGCGAUGUGGAUAUUGUUUGCAUUCUGUGUUCUGCAUUUAGUGAAUUCCACUGACCAAGGAUGCAGAUUACCCAGCACUGAACUUACAGGCAUGUCAACUCCUGGAGAUAUUAUUAUCGGUGGAGUGUUGCCUAUUCAUGUGGACAAAAUAUAUCCUAAAAUUACCUACAAAGAGAAACCACCUCCUGCUAUCUGUACAGAGUGAGAUCAUUUUUAUUGCACAAAAUUUGUUCAUGUCUGAUGAUGUUAUUAUUAUUAUUAUUAUUACUGCUAUUUAUAAAGCACCAACUUUUUGAGGACUCUUUUUAGAAGAUAUAUUCUGAUUUUUAACAUGAUAUGCAUCUUUUCCUCACGUAGUGUUGCAAGGAGUAGAUCUGAACAGAGAAAGGUGGCAAAUUAGUAAUGUGCUAUUUUAUAGAAAAGAAAGUAGAUGCUGUGAUCACAAAGGCAAGAGAAUUGGUAGGAUCGAGCAUAGAUUUUAAAAUUGAAAUGCUUAGAAUAUGCAUAAAGUGAUUGAAAAAAAUAUCAGUAUAAAGUAGUAAAAUGCAAAUCUAUUUUUUUUUAACUUUUUUUUACUUUUUUAACUUUUUUGUUUCUUCCCAAAGUGUAUAUAGUCAAGUGAUCCCAAAAUCUGUAUGUUUCUCCCUUUUUACUUACACAGGUUUAGAGUUGAGAACUAUCAAGGCAUCCAGGCAAUAAGAUUUGCUGUUGAUGAAAUCAACCAGGAUCCAGAUAUUCUACCCAACAUCACCCUGGGCUUUGACAUCCAUGAUUCCUGUACAGUUCUGCAAAGGGUUGUGACGGGCACUUUGCAAGUCCUGGCUGGCUUGGGGCAACCUGUGCCAAAUUACAGAUGCCAACAAGAUGUUCCUUUGGCAGCUCUUAUUGGUCACUCUGUCUCAACUUACUCUAUGCAGAUAGCUCAUAUUUUAGGAUUGUACCGAUACCCACAGGUAAGAUUGAAUUAACUGUUCAUGGUGCUGAAAUAACAAGUGAAACAUGAAAUCUUAUUUUUUUAGCAUAGCUCACAUUCCACUAAUUAUUACAGCGACCUUAUGAGUAAACAAGGUUGUAAGUCUCUAUGUUCUCAUGGUAUACUCACUCAGAAUCUAGAUGUACUGUUCAUUUAAGAGUAAAAAUAUCACAGGAAAAAGCAUGAUUAACUGCUCCUUCAUCUUACUCAAAUAGAUAGAGGCAAAGAUGUGGGCUGUUGCUAAACUUUCUCAAGUCAUGUAUUUAUAAUGUAUUUUUUGUGUAAAAGGGAAGUACUUUUAAAAAUCAAGUGAUGUGCUAUUUAGAGUAGUUUCAGUGCUGCGAUGACAUAGAUUUAUUUUUUAUUUUGUUAUUAUUAUGUUACAAUCACCUUUCUAAGCGUCUGGUGGUGAAUACUUCGGUCCAUUUCCAUCCAUCUGCAUUUCUACAUAGACCAUCACUACGGACUGCUAGACCUGUGGACUCAGCCUAUUUGAGGCACCAGCUUUUUAGCACAUAUUGAAUGUCUUUCAAUUGUGCCACACUGUUUGUGAGUGUUUUGAAUUUAUUUGUUUUACCAUUUUUUUAUUAAAGGUUACACUAUGAUGUUCUCUGUUUUAUCUCCUUUUAUGUGAAUAUUCCAUGCCCAUCUAUUGAAGGGUAAAUAUACUCACUAUUAUAUAUAGUGGCUUGCCUGCACAUCUUUUAUACUCAGUUUUCUCACUAUCCAUACCUGGUUUUACGAUCACAUCAUCGACUGACUGUCUACACUUAUUUAUUACACUGUGCUUAAAUAAUACUUCUUAUUAUUUUGUUUGAAUUUGUAAAUGAAUUAGUCAAUAGACAUAUAAGAAAUAUCUACAGCACAUUUCCUUUAUAGUUUCAUGAACAUUUCGAUUUCCUGUGAAAACUGACCAGCUGGGUAAUUCAAAAUAAUGGUAAAUAUUUAAAAUGUAUAAAAUGUGUUUUCAUAAAAAUAAUGCAGAUAUAAGGGGUAAAUGGUACAAUAUUCUAUCUGUAGGAUUAUCGUUCAAUAGUUCAUUUUAAAUGAAAUUUUUAAACAAUCGACCAAUAUAGCAAGAUGCAUUCCAACGUCCAUGUGUUAUAUCUGCAUAUACAAUAACAGGUGUAUAUUUAUGCUGACAUAUAAUCAGGGACAUGUAGGUGUGUGUGCAUAUGUGUAUGCAUCCUUAUGUGUAUUUUCUUUGUGCUUUAAUGUGUGUAUUUGUGUUUUUAGUCUCUGUGUCUUUUUUUUGUAACUCCCCAUUCUAGUUUCAUCUCAUACAUUGUUUUCUUUUUCUUCCUGUUCUCAUUGUUCCUCUUUUUUAUAAAUAAUAAUUACAAACCUCUGGAAGAACGGUGUAUUUUUUUUCUCCCCCCCCUAUCCUAAUUAGGCCUGUGUGCAAUCUGCUAUGAUAUCCCUUAAACCUGUGGAUCACCACACAAGUUUGAAUUCCAUAUGCCGUUUUAUUCAGAAAUGCUUUAGGCUUGAUAAAGGGAAGAUCUCCCGAAAACGUGUUGCUGCAAAAUUGUUAGACCAAUAAAAAUGGCAAUACAGGAUGAUACGAUAAUCUAUUAUUUUACUAAGCAUCACUGGUUUUACAUGGCUAAUAUUUUGGCUAGAUAUAACAUACAAAGGACAGACAAAAGAAGUUAUCUGCGCACUAUCCCAAAUCCCUAUGCACAUUUAAAUACGGCAAGAAAAUUCAGUUUGGUCAAACCAUUUGCCGAUCAGAUAAGUCAAUUGGAAGCAAAAAUGACAAGAAUAUAAAAUAUAAAAGAUAGAUAUAAAAUAAAAAUGAUACUUAAAAAUAAAAAAAACUGAAGCUGUUGUUAGACGUCAAAGUAGCACUAACAAUCUAUGCAGAUAAAAUAAUUGAACAUUUUAUUACAACACAUACUUAAAAACCCACAAAAAAUGAGAUAGGGAUUAAAACUGCUAUAGAAUCCAGACAGUGAAUAAACAAUGAAUAAAGCACUCUAUAACACCCAGCAACCCUAUUAUCACAUUCAAUAUAUUUGGGCUGAUGAAUAUUGUAGAAAUUGCUGUCACCUAAGAUGGUGGUAGUUUGAGCACAAGGCUUAUUUUUGUGUGUUUAUACAAAAGAGUAUCAGCUUGAAUACAUGUUAUACCCAUUCCAAAGUGGUAAUGCGCUGGCUAAAAACAGUGAGUUUAUCAAGCUUGCAAAAGUUACCACUUGUGAUGUGGAAAAUACUUGAGUUGAGUUGAUCUUAACUUGUAAAUGUGAAUUGUAAAAAAAUGAGUUUGUCUUCUUUAUCUAUAUAUUUGAUGUAUAUCAUUGCUGCCUUUAAUAUAAUGCUUCUUAGUUUAAGCGCAAUUGGAAUCCCCCUGAAUUUGUCUCAGAUGUGUAAAUUAUCUCCAGGUAUUAAAAAAGAACCCUUUGUAGUAGAUACUCAGGAUACCAGUAAAACCUCAUUCAGGAUUUUAUAAAUACUAGAGAAUUAAAGUAGGCCAAGAUCAUUAAAUAGUAAAAUAUAAUGAUGUUUUAUCUGUAUUUAUCAUUCUGGGUUUAAUCUAUAAUUGUUGAUCUGUGGGUUUUUAAAAAAGGAACUUUUAUUUUAAUAUUUUAAAAUGCGUGCAUUUUAAUAGAAAUAGAAACAUUUAGGCUAGUAUAUUUUAUUGUGUUUGCUUUGCCUUCAAACUCAACCGUCUUGCAUAAAGGUUUUACUGCUACUAUAUAUAAUUGUACUUAGUGAAUGACCUCUGAAGGUCAUAAGUUUGAGUUGACCUUACAGAAAUUUGAAUCUAAGCUGGUGCUGCAGUCAAUUCUUUUUGCAUAUAGGGAAUAUGGGAUUAUACAUAAUAAGUUGAAUAUCUGUUCAUUUUUAUUUACAUUGUAAAAACUGGUACUCACAGUUAUAAAACAUAUAUAUAAUUCAUUACAGAUUAGUUAUUAUUCGACCAGCUCACUUCUCAGUGAUCGGACCCAGUUCAAGUCAUUUUUCAGGACAGUCCCUAGUGAUGCCUUCCAAACCCGGGGACUAGCCCAAUUAGUGCUACAUUUUGGAUGGACUUGGGUGGGAUUGGUAGCUCUAGGAGAUGAUUACGGUCAGCAAGGGAUUCAACUAAUCAAAAGAGACAUCCUACGGGCUGGAGCUUGUGUCGCCUUCACAGAGAACAUAAUGAUAAACAGACAAGACCGCAAUGCUCCAUAUAUUGCACGGGUUAUCAAAGAGUCAACAGCAAAAGUGGUGGUUUUCUUUACUACUGAUGUAGACUUGAUCCAUGUUCUAGAGGAAAUGUUGAAGCAGAAUGUCUCUGGAAAGAUAUGGGUGGCCAGUGAAUCUUGGGCCAACACUCCAAUGCUGGAUAAAUACUCAUCACUUCUCUCUGGAACUAUUGGCUUUACUUUUUACAGAGGAACCAUUCCUGGUUUUAAAGACUUUCUCAAUGGGGUUCAACCCUCAAUGUCUUUGGGAAGAGAAUGGAAUAAAAUUUUCUGGGAACAGGCUUUCAAUUGUAAAUUCCUUGAUGAUACAAAUCUCACAGUCAAUACUGACUUGUCUAUUGAAGAAUGUACAGGAUCAGAAAAUCUACACACUCUCCAGACAAAUUACAAUGAUGUGUCGAACCUGAGGGUGACCUACAAUAUUUACACAGCUGUCCAUGUUAUAGCUAAAGCUCUGCAUGACCUGAACACGUGCAGUGAAGGGAAAAGUCAGUUUGCAAAUGGAACAUGUGCGGAUAUUUGGAAAUUUAAGCCCUGGCAGGUACUGAACAUUUUAAUAUAAGCCGAGGUACAAGAAUGAUUAUUAUGUUAUUAUGUUUAACCUGUUAAGGACCAGCGUGCUUACAAUUAAUUUUCUCCCAACUGACUAUACCUUUUCUGUAAUAUUUGUUAUGUUUAUAUUUCCUUUUUUUAAUAUAUGAUACAAUCAUACAUACUAUAUAUCAUUUUUCAAUAGAGCAUCUGUAUGAUUUUAUUAAUAUUGACAUAACUUAUUUUUAUGAAGCACACUUCCUGGGAUAAUCAUAAGGGGUAUUCUAACACCAGCUAAAAUAUUUUGUAACCAAAAAAACAAACAAGAGUCCUGCACAUCCAGUAUAGGUGUGCACACUCAGGUGCUACCUCAAUUUAUUUGAGGACAAAGUUCAAACAGCAAAGGUUUCGAGCAGCAGCCCUUUCUCAAUGCUAAUGUCCUGGGACUUCAGUGUGGAGUAUCUGCAGCAGAGGUCUAACUUGUUCUUUUUAUAUUUUGAAUUUUGUAGGCAUUUUUUGCCUCUACCUCAUCCUAUAUAUAGCGAUCACUAAAAUAUUUUGUAAGCCUAUAUUUAUUUUUUAAGACAAUGUCAUUCUUUUGCUGUGUAUUUCUUUAGCCCGAUGUAUGGUAUCGCAGUAAAAAAUAAGUGCUAAGAUACUUCUUAUCAAUACCUUUAAAAGGAUUAGAUAAUGUUUUACAGG